AUGCAGAUUCUCUUCCAUGAGGUGCCUCCUAUCUCCGAAAGCCAAAUGGAAGAGGACGAUGGGUACGCAGAGGGUCAUAGACGCCACCAGCCGGCAUUUUUGAACUUCUCGAUCACCCCUGUGGAAUGCUCGAUCAUGUGUCCCAGACAGCUCGCUAAUGAGUACUUCGCUCCUCUUGUCAACAAGUUCGUUCAGAGCAAUUCCUCGGGCCAAAGCCGCCUAUCCAUCAGCCAUGAUGAUUUCAUUGCCAUGCAGGUGUACGGAGAGGGCCUCGAAGCCGGCCAACGGGUCCUCGAGCUUACGAGCCCGCUGGCUAUGGCAGGAAUCUCUAUCUUCUUCAUCUCCACGUACUUUUCCGACUACAUCAUCGUUCCUCUUCGAAGCAAGACGCAGGUUAUCGAAGCCUUGGAGAAGCGUGGCUUCCAUUUCGAAAUGUCGACAGAGGCUUUCGUCAACAAUAACCAAUCCCAAUUCAACAGCUGCUUCAGUCCCAUCUCGUCCCGGUCGGCGAGCAGUUUGGGCUCCCCUCCUGCCACCCCGCCACCCUCGUCGCUGGACGAACUGCAGACGCGCACUUUUAGCUCUCUGCGGAAGCACCAUAUUAUUCCAUCCGUUGACAGAACCCUGCGUCUAGUGCAAUGCGCCGCGCAUCAUCGCUACAGUAGCGAUACAAGCUCCAUUGCCAUACUCCGUGAAGCCCUCACAACAGCUUUGGUCGUCGACAAGCCACGUCUUCUUUUGGGAUCUAAGGAGGAGAUCCUUGUCCCCAUUAUGCUCGACCUGCGUAAGCUUCCUCUUGAAGCUUCAGGUAUUGUGUGUGGCGUUGCUGGCCGACUGGCCGACGCAACGCACGCCCGGGGCGACGAGGAUACUGACGUAUCCACAAUUCUCUCUCAUUCAUGGAACGGUGGUGGCUCGUCUUUUGACAGUGCCUUUAAAAACGUCCUGUCCUCUAGCCACGGCUCCGGUGGACCUGUCAGAUCCUUUGGUACCAGCCCCGGCUACAGAACCCAUCGUCUGCAGCCAGACAUGGACCCAUACAUGGACGCCGUCGAGAUCAGCUUUCUCAGCACCGCGCGGGCGGGCUCCAUCAUUGUGGGUGAACACGAACUUCAUCGUGCCGUCGAUGCCCUCGAAGCGGAAAGCCACGAACCCGAUGCAGCAAUUACGGCACUCGAACUUUGA